AAAGCCUCUACUGUACAAAUGCCAUUCAACGCAACUGAUAUUGUUGGGGGUACGCAAGAGCUGAAUGAUGGAAAUCGCAUACCGAAAAUUGGUUUGGGUACUGCUGAAAAUAGAGAUCAGGAUAGCAUAACCAACACAAUGCAUGCUUCCUUGAAAGCUGGCUAUCGACUAAUUGACACAGCUGAGCACUAUUCGAAUGAGGAAGAGAUAGGAAAUGCUCUAAAGGAAAAUCUACCUAAGGUUGGGCUGAAACGUGAUGAUAUUUUCAUCACAACGAAAGUCCAAAUCCGGGACAAAGAUCCAAACUGGACGGAAAAAAGUAUUAAACAAUCGCUGGAAAAGCUCAGAACGGACUACCUUGAUAUGGUGCUUGUCCAUUACCCUAGAGAUAGACAAGAGGGCAAAGAUGAAGCUUAUGAAGUCAACAAGAAGGGAAGAAAAGAAACAUGGCAGAGAUUGGAAGGGUUGAAAGGACCUGGUACCCAUAUUUUGAAUUUUACCAAAUUUUACUAA